AUGCCCAAUGCUGCAAUGAGGAUGUACACAUAUUGUCUCCCCUCAAUUCGCCGGAAAUAUUCCUCAAAUGUUUCAGAAGCCGCCUCCAAAUAUAUCUUCAAAAGGUCGCCAACUUUUUCCUCGAACCCAUUUUCUAAUUAUGAACUCCGAGCCAAAGAUUCGCAGCAGAAAUCCGAUCCCUUUGAACGGCCAAAUCCUGCUGCUAAAAAGGCAUAUCUUCUGCCUUCAAGCCUAUCUUUUUACAGCACUCAUCCUACUUUUUUUGACACAAUUUCAUUGCUAAACGAUAUUUUCAAAAGGAUAUCAUCGUUUUCGUUGUUGAACUUGAGUGAGGAAGACCUUUCCUAUGCGUUGUUGAUCGAUAUCCCAUCGGCGAUUCGGUUUCCAUCCGAGCUGAAGAAGAACGCAAAGAACAAAACCCUUCCCAACUUUUCAAUUAUUUACAGUUUGGAUAAAUUGCAGGGCCGUUCAGAAUCUUCAAAAGCUGAUGUUUCGAUAUUUUCGUUGCGUUCUUUGCUGAGCGAAGAGUCUUUAAGCAUUUGGAAGUCUUUAAAGGAAAUGGAAAGAAUCCUUGGGUGUCCACUUAGUGAGAGGAUGUACUAUCGUUUAUGUUUGAAAUUAUCGCUUGUCCAAAAGUUGUAUGAAAAUUGCCCGCCUUCAACUAAUCUGACUUCAUUCUUGGAAGGAUGGAAACGGUCAACAGUUUCUGAAGGUUCUGAUUUAGAGAAGCAUGGACCUACAGAAUAUAAGCUUAGAGAAGUAGACUCUCUUGGUCGCAUACACACGACCGCAUCAAAGAAGUGUGCAAAAGCGGAACUGUGGUUAUACCCGCAAAGCUUGGCUACUGCUGGGUCUAUUUACGAAUACCCCUCUUCAAUCUGGCCUAUAUUUGUCAAUGGAAAACCGAUGCAUAUUUAUUUUGAAGGAGACAUCAAAAAAAUAGUAUCCAUAAUAACGCCGCUCGAAGCGACCAAUAGGCAUUCUUCUUACUGCAUAUGGGCCUCGGCCCAUGGGGGUGGAUUAAAAGGUAGGGCGGAUGCUAUAAAGAUCGCCCUUGCAAGGGCAUUAGCAAGCAAAGAGCCGGCCCUUCUUUCUCUGUUAGCAAAUCUUGUUGAUGGAGAUGGACGACGGGUUGAGCGAAAAAAAUAUGGCCAACCCAAGGCUCGUAGGCAGUUCACCUGGGUCAAAAGAUAA